GGUGCCAGGCAUGCCGUUGGCGACUAGUGUGCCACAACCGCAACACUUUAUUCCCGGCGCAGCAACACAGGCCGUUGGUGCCGCGGCGGCGGCGGCGGCAGUGGCAGCCGCACAGUUCUAUGGUUUGAGUAGUUGCAGUGAACGCAGUGCGACAUCCAGCCCCGUUGUUAUUACGCCGCCACCUUCGGAGUAUGGCAGCAGUGAAAGUGGUAGCUCCAGUCCAGCACCCAGCGAGUCAUCGUACGGAGCGGUGUGGCGCCCAUGGUGAGCAUGAGCGCGAGCAAACAAGCAAGCAAAAGCAGAAAAGCUGAUCUUCAAGCAAGAGGAUCUUUAAUGGGAAUCGAUUUCAUGAAAGCACACAGCUUUGUAUGCAGCGUCGCCGUAGCCCGAGCAUCUAUUAAUGCAGCUGAUGGUAGCCAGAACUGCGCGCUAGAUGGCGCUUGGGUAGCCUAUGAGUUGAAUAGGGGCGAUUGCGUUGCAGCAAACAGGGGAAGAAGUACAGAGGCAGGGUGUCUGAGUUGGCAGCAGGCUGGACAACGUCGCUGAGGUCGGUGAUACUUGCCGCCUGCGUGGUUGAACAAAAUGGUUAGCACGCUUGCUGAUGGUACAACAAGGGCUUUCUAAAGCCAAUGACCAGCCACGCAAAGUAUUUUAAGUACAAAAAAAUAUAAAAAAUU